AUGGAAGAGUGUGAAACAUUCAAAGAGCUAAUACAAUUGUUUUGGGAUUUAAAAAGGGAAGAUGCUUUUGUUUUAUUUAUCCAUGGCUUUAUUUUAGAUAAUGAUUUUACUUACAAAUUAAAUAAAGAAAAGGAAUGUAAAUAUAAUGAAGAUAAAAAUAUAAAUAUCUCAAAUGGAUAUAUAAAAUAUACCCCAGAUAGUACAAGUAAUAACUUUUUUAUAAGUAAAUUAUUAAUAGAUCCAGAAUGGAAAAAUAAUUCAAACAGUUAUAAUUUUAUAUAUACAAAUAAAAAAAACAAAGAAAAUGCUACUUACAAUUUAAAUAUAUUGAAAAUCGAAAACUCAUUAGUUAUUCAAAUAAUUAAUGUAGAAAAUCCUUCAAAUAUACAUUCGAUUACAAUAAAUAUGAAUGAAUAUAUAAAUGAAAAUAAUAAAGAAAAAAUUAAUUUAAACAUACCCAAAUUAAUCAAAUUAUGUCAAACACAUAUAUUAUUUAAUAUGCAAGAUAAUAAACAAAAAAAAAAAAUUAAUACUCUUAUUAUUGAAACAAAUGAACAUAAAAUUAAUAUGAACAAUUCUAAUAUAUCAGAACAAUCACGUCUUUUUCAAAAUUUUAAUGAUGAUCAUUUUGAUGAUAAAAAUCCAAUAAUAAGACAAAAUUUAAUACCUGAUUUUAAAAAUGGUAAUCAUAUUUUAAAACCUGAUGGAUUAUUUGUAGGACCAAAUAAUAAAUUUUUUAAUCCCCAAAACUUACGUUAUGAUCCUAUUGGCCCGUUUGGAAAUGAGCCAAAUGCCGAUAUAAAUCCUUUUGAAUUCCAAAACAAUUUCCCUUUCUAA